CCACUAAGUCGUUAAACAGAGAGAGCCUGAAAAGUGCCAACACUCCUAGGAGAAAAGACUGGAGAGAGAGAGAGGAGAGAGAGAGAGAGAGAGAGAGGGAGAGGAGGGAGAGGGGAAGGAAAGAAAAAAGCAGGUUAUUUAUAACGCCAGGCAGCGUUAGGGUCUCCUCAGUCUCUCCUGCAAACUGGGCUGCUGCUGCUGCUGCUGGGAGGUCACUCCCCAGCCAACCUGCCCAGCCUGUGACCUGCAAGCACAGCAUCCGAGCUGGGAUCUGGGGCGGGCAGCAGCCCCUGCAGACCAGGAGGCACAACUCACAUGCUGCUUGCCACACGGCAGAGCCCGGCCAAGAGCAGCAAAGGCUUUGCACAGGAGGCUCUCAGCCUGGUCCCUCCAGCACCAGCACCAUGCACUGGGCCAGCAUCCUGAUCAUGGCUGGGCUCUGUGGAGCCUCCCUGGGCCAGUACAACGAGGAAGAAGACCUGGCUUGGCUGCAGUACUACAUGAGGCAGUCCAGGAUGUCCUCCUACAACUACAUGCCCUACUACGAGGACGAGAACCCUCCUUACGUCUACUCCUACCUCCCCGCUCCGGACACCGAGGCAGAGCCUGGCCCUGAGCCUCAACAAGCCACCUCCUGGCAGUGUCCCCAGGAGUGUGACUGCCCCCCCAACUUCUCCUCAGCCAUGUACUGCGACACCAGGAACCUGAGGUACCUGCCCUUCGUGCCCUCCAGGAUGAAGUACGUCUACUUCCAGAACAACCAGAUCGCCGCCAUGCAGGAGGGAGCCUUCGACAACGCCACCGAGCUGGAGUGGCUGGCGCUGCACAACAACCAGAUCAGCAGCGAGAGGAUGGGCAAGAGGCUCUUUGCCAAGCUCAAGAGGCUGGAGAGGCUGUACAUGAACAACAACAACCUCACCAAGGUGCCCAGCCCCUUGCCUCGCUCCCUGAGAGAGCUCCACCUGUCCUACAACCAGAUCGCCAAGGUCCCCUCCAACGCCCUGGAGGGCCUGGAGAACCUCACCGCUCUGUACCUCAGCCACAACUUCAUCUUCGAGAUGGGAGCCUCCCUCAAAGGGCUCAAGUCCUUGAUCCUUGCUGACCUGAGCUACAACCACCUCAGGAAAGUCCCCGAGGGGCUCCCGGCGUCCCUGGAGCAGCUCUACCUGGAGUACAACUACAUCAACACCAUCCCCGAGGACUACUUCAGGGUCUCCCCCAAGCUGCUCUACGUGCGGAUGUCCCACAACAGCCUCACCAACCAGGGCCUCUCCACCAACACCUUCAACAGCAGCAGCAUCCUCGAGCUGGACCUCUCCUACAACAGGCUCCAGAAGAUCCCCAGGGUCAGCACCAGCCUCGAGAACCUCUACCUGCAAGGGAACCAAAUCGAUGAGUUCUCCAUCAGCAGCUUCUGCACCGUGGUGGACGUCAUGAACUACUCCAGGCUGCAGGUCCUGCGGCUCGACGGCAACGAGAUCAAGCGGAACGCGGUGCCACCCGACGCCCCCCUGUGCCUGCGGCGUGCCACCGUCAUCGAGAUCUAGCCCGGCGCCCCCUGCCCUUCAGGACUUGGCUCUCCCCUUUCCGGGGAGACCCUCACCCCCGUUUUAACGCAGCUUGAUGGUUUGAUUUGGCUUCUGCAAUAGUGCAACAAGGGAGCUCCAGCAGCAGCCCACACAGGUGGGCUGGAGCUGUUCUCCCCAGAACAUUCCCCCCUCCCCCCCACCCUUCCUUCCAGCCACACAGGUCCUGGCACUGCUCCCCUACACCUGUCUGGCCCCACCACGGCCACCCCACCAUUCACCAUCUCUCCUGGUCUGGGUGGGAUGCGGCAGGGAUGGGGGAGAGCUCCUCCCACCUCCCAGGCACGGCACUGAGCAUCCAACCCCAGCGGGGAGGGGGUCAGGGCUGGGUCCUGCAGGACCUGCAGAUCUAAACCAACUCACCCUGGGCCAGGAGAGAGUGGUCCCUGGGAGGAACAUCCAGGAGGUUGGCAGCUGGAUGGGUAAAGGGUUGAAGGUUUCCUGGCUGCCAGCAUCCCUCAGUCUGGGAUGGGGAAGGGCAAUCCCACUCUUCCCU